UCGCGAUGUGCAGACAGGAGCCAUUUUGUGCGCGGCGCGUGUUCCGCGGGGCCGCGCUCUGCGGCGAGGAGGGUGUUAAAAUGUCCCUGCGACGGCGGCCGCGCGGGCCGGGCCUCGGCCCCGCUGUGUCCGUGGGGGUGUGGGUGGCGGCACCCGCCCGUGGGCCCGGCACCCGCCCGUGGGCCCGGCACACGCCAUCCGCGUCAUCCCAGUGUUUGGAAGCUCCGGGUGCUCGCCGUGUCGGGGAGAUUCCCUGUCGCUGUCAGUGUCUGCUGAGCCCUUCGGGGUGGUGCCCGGUGAAAGGACGAGGAGUGAGGGCCGCAAACUAAAACACCAGAAGUUUCAGCUCACAGUGAGAAAGGACUUCUCGUGUUGGAUUAGGCUGCCCGGGAAAGGCGUGGAGUCUCCCUCUGCGGAGACAUUCAAAACCCACUUGGAUGCUCCAGGAGGCCGUUUCUGAAAAGGGACUUCAGGGAGUGAGUGCAGGAUGACUCAGCAGGGAGCUGUUCUUCAGGGUUACAAUAAUGAACUAGUGAAAUGCAUUGAAGAUUUAUGUAUGCAGAAAGAAGAACUGAACAAACAAAUCCAGCAAGCAGAAGAGGAAAAGAAUAAACUCCAGCAUGAAAUCCAAGUCCUCAGUGAACAGCUGGAGUGUGUAUGUGAAAACCUGGCCCAAAAAGUGGCUUCACGGAAUGAGCUUGAUAAAAUACUUGCUGAAACUGAAGCUGCUUACAUGAAGAUUUUGGAUAGCUCUAGAACUUUACUUAAUGUCCUGAAGAAGGAAGUGGGAAGCUUAAAGCAUUCACCAGAUCUGAAAAGCAAUGUAACGUGAAACAGUCAAAUGUUUGGACUCUGCAGUGCUAAAAUUCCACUAGGUGAGAAAUGUGGUCAGCCACAGAACCUUACAGCCACAGUGUAAGCAGAGAGGGAUUUUCUUCCAGUCUUUCUGUAUGUUUUAUUAUUUUCAAAUGCACUAGAAAAAUAGAUUAAAUAAAGUUGCCGUUUUGCUUUAAAAAAAUCUAAUUAAUUGAACACUACAAAAAGUAGCAGAUAGGUAGUUGAGGUAGAUGGGAGACUGUCAGUUUUGACACCAUUGUGCUUCAAGGAUUAGAAAAAAGGCUUGUUUUAUUGGUUGACUUCAAAUGGCUCCCAGUAAAUGAUUCUUUGAAAACUAGUGGAUGCAAGUCAGUGAGAUGCUACUUCUUUUCACUUUACAAAUGCUUAGGCUUUACUGCUGGCACCAAGUAGAAAUGAGCUAUUCAGCUUCCUCUAGGAGCUUGGAGUUCUGUCUGAUGCAUGCACAAAGACAGCCCUGCGUGCAGUGAUUGCCUACUUCAAUAAUAGAGGGAUAAGGUGAGAAAUCAGGAGUAUUGCAGGGCAUGGGGGCUUAAAAUUUAGCACUGUAUGUGGUUCAUGCCUCUUCUGAGGCUGUUCUUCAAAGCCUUAUUUAGAAAGGAGGUGUGCUGCAGUGAAAGUCAGGUUUGGUGCAAGUGCAGACAGCUACACUGGGAAGGCUGGACCAGUAACUCACUUGGGGGUAAAAAAUGUGUCGGUAGCAACAAAAAGUCCUGAAAAACCGCUGGGGUCCAGUUAAAAAUACAGAGGUAAAUACAUGACCAAAGAAGAUAAUCCUGGCUAAAAGCUAGAAUAGAAUGUCUGAAAGCCUUUUUAGUGCCUUUUAGCUCUAUACUGAUCUGUUAAAUAAUUGUAGUAAGAUUGUGGAGUAUAAUGAACACCCUGAAAUGAUGUGAAAGAAAUACAAAUGAAAGGUGAAAGAAGAAAAUGAGAAGUGGUUUACAGCUAUCAGCCAUUCUUACAGAGGACAUCAAAAUAGAACUUAGCUUAGAGAUCAGGGGUGACAUAACAGCAUGGCAUAAAUUUCAAUUUAAUGCUGUUUUUUGUUUCUGCUGAACCUCUCUGUUCUGCAGAAAUCUCUCUCAGCAGUGUGUGCAUGUGAACGUGCAUUUUGUCCCACUUAUUUGUGUGUUACAACAGUAACUUUUUAAACUGUGUCUUGUCAAAUCUUCAUUCAAUACCAAUUAAUUCAAUUGAAAGAAGUGCAGUUGAAAUCUCCUGACUUGAUAGUGGUGUGUCUGUCAGGUGCACAUACAGAGGGAAUGGAGAUGUGAAUAAUCUUGGUAAUAGCUCUUCAUCAAUAAUAGAGAGCAAAUUUUAUGUUCUUCUGGUUGCCAAGCUACAUCAGGGAUGAGUGUGACUGAGCUCAUCAGAGUUUACUUGUCUGGCAUUUCCAGGGGCUUCCCUCUGGGGGAUUCCUGGUGGGCAAUGCAGAGGUGAUAAAAGAACAUUAUCUCAGGGGCUUUGCUGUUGUGGUGCUGCAGCACUCAGGAGCACCUGGUUUAUGUUGAGGGGAAACACGAAAAUUUUGCUCUCUUUAGUAGCAAAAAAGUGAUUUAUUUGACUGGACAUUUCAUGACAUUCUGUCUGCCCUUAGACUCAUAGUAAUAACUGAUUUAUAAGAAAUAGGAAGAUUCAGGAAAAGUACUACCUAAAGAGCAAGAACUUUGAGUUGCAAAUGUAAGCUGCUGCUUCUUAUUAGCUGCACUGGAACUCAAAAUUGUGAAAAGCAAUUUGUAUCAUAGAAGGCUCAUUUAUAGAGAACAGUAAAGUUAAUUGCUAGUAUUGGUCUCACACAAUAAUUACAGGUUUGUUUGCCUUAGAGUAAUCAUAAAUAAUGCUUCUUGUUCUAGUGAAGCUGAUAAAACUGAAGAAGCAUUAAGAGAAGCCUUAAAAGACUAAAGAAAUCUACUUCACAGCCAUUAUUAUGUCUAGUUUGUAGCUUAUUAUGGUGUCAAAACUAAAUAACUGGAGAUGCUUGAUUUUUUUUUUUUUUACUAAAAACACUAAGGGAAAAAUGUAACUGGUGACUAGUACUUAUGCACAUUUGGGGGCUUCCCAACAUUCAAAUAAAAAGCUGAAAUGUUGCUAGAAUUCCAUUCAGUGAUCCCAAUCUAAAGUUUGCAUUUAAAUUCACAUUUAAAAGUGGAGAGAAAUAAUAGAUAUCUAGGGCCUGCUAUUUUUAGAAUGACUCCCUAGUGUGGCAGUCAUCCUGCACCUGCAAAGUUGCUACUCAGAACUAGUGUUUGGCAUUAUAUUCUGUAUUUACCCAAAUGAGCCCUUUUAUUGACGUGGUAACCUUUUUCACUGCUUUUCCAGACACUAGAAAUCUUGACAUGAAUAGCUUUUGUUUAACAACUUCACUUUGUUCAGAAGACAUGCAGACUUAGUUGGUCCAAAGUAUUGCUGGAAGAGAAGUGAUAAUUGCAGAUGGCAGCAGCUCUGCAGGGAUAGCCUGAAGCAGAAAUUCUACCUGGAAUAAGGCAGGUCCUAAGUUUAAAGUAUACUUAUUCCUAACCUAAUUUUUGUAUUGAAUUUUUAUGACUCUCUGAGUUUGACCUGGUGCUUUACUGGAGUGGUUGCAGUCAAAAAUUGGGUUUCUAAUCUAAACUGCUGUGUUGAGUGUUCUGUAUCUUAUUGAGUAUGUGAAGAGAGUUUUUGAAACUCCUCUCUGUGCCCGAUUCAGAGGUUUAGUGAAAUGCAUCUGGAUCAGUUGUCUAAAGUCCUGAUUUAUGUAAAGGCAAUUUACCUGGCUUCCAAAUAACAGAAGCUAAAACUGGAAGAGAUCUGAUGAUUCCCUGCUUUUAUAGCAAUGCUUCUUCAAAUGUGCCCAGCACUUAACACACUAAUGAUCAACAGUUUUUUCAAAACAUUUGACUGUUGACUCCUUGCAAGUAAACUGAAGAGAUUUUGGCAGUUACCAAAGAAACUGCUUGUGGGUGGUAUGUUGGAGUAAAGUUAUUUUCUGUGUGGAAGUGGUUAUAGGAAGCACUGGGUGAAGUGCUUGUGCCAGCAGCCAUUCACACCCCGUUACUGCCUCUUUUCGAGUGUCCUUACCCAGCUGUUCAGGUACCUCCCACAUGCAGUUUCUGUUAGUCACAUUACAGAAAUGGAGGUGAGUGCACUGGGGGUUCACCCUGAUUUUAAGGGUAGGGAAUAAAGACAAUUUAUGAAUGUGAAGUCCUGGUUAGGAAAGACUGGAGCAUGAGGGGAUAGGAUAGAGAGGUGGAGUUUCUCCUGAUUCCUGCCUGCUCUAAGUGUACUUUACUGAGCUGCUGCCUACAGUUCUUGCUACCCAAUAAAUCAAAUUCCAGAAAUCAUCUGAGCUUCAUCUGCACUCUGGACGUUCUCCCCUUUCCUUUAAGCCCACGGAUGGUCAGCAAAAGAGGCAAUCUGUGUUUUGUUUUAUUUUUCUGUCUUUUAUUUCUUUCUGUUCCAGCGGAGGCUGUGCAAUCUGAGCCUCCUGUUUGCUGGGUAAGUGUGCUGCCAGGCUCCCACAGGAUGUUGUUUCCUGUCCUGGAUGCUCUCCUAUGAACAGUCCUCAGGGAAUUGCUCAGGUUUUAUAAAGAACCUCCAGUUCUGUGUGUGCUUGAUGUAGCCUGUAUGUCAGAUUGACCUUGGAGGGUUUAGGCAAAGGAUUGGCAGGCUUUUGGCUUUUGGCGAAUGCAAGAGAUUUGUUUCCUUGGACUAGGAAUUCUUCAGACUAGGAAGACCAGGCAUCUUCAAAUAGCCAAAGAAUUGUACAUUUAAACAAUGAAGCAAGCUGUAGUCUAAGCCCAGGACCUUGGAUUGCUGUUUCAGAAUUGAGAAUCAUUUCCAUCUAGGGGUACAAUGACAUUUCCAUCUGUACUUGGGGUACAGGUGUGUUCCACUCCAAAUCCAGUAAGUGGAUUAAGCUGAACUGGUAAUUCUGUAACAAGAACAUUCAGAAGAUUGUUAGCCAAGGGAUUAAAUGUCUACAGUUAGUUCAUCAUACAGAUGAGACUUGUGCAGAAGACCAAUAUCUGUUACUCCUUAGAUGAUUUUGCUGGUUAGGAGAGAUUUCAGUGAUAAGGUGUAGCUUGUGGCUGUUGCCUUAACUUUGAGCAGAUCCUAGACUCUUGGGGUUUUAUGCAAGAAGUAGACAAAACAGUUAUUUUUUUACAAUUUAUUUUCUUUUUUUAAUUUCUUCCUUUUCAGGAAUGAGCAAAGAAUUAUUAAUAAAUACUGUAGUGUUGAUUU